GGUGCGCCGGGUCAGGGGUCAGCCCACAAGAUGGCGGCGGCGGUGACCUUCUGGCGGAUGCUGCUCCGGAGCGGCAAGGCGGCGCUGAGCCUGCCCCGGGGCGCCAGGUGUUUGGCGGUGCGGAUGUCGCCGACUGGGGAGAAGAUUACGCACACUGGGCAGGUUUAUGAUGAUAAAGACUACAGGAAAAUUCGGUUUGUGGGUCGUCAGAAAGAGGUGAAUGAAAACUUUGCCAUUGAUUUGAUAGCUGAGCAGCCCGUGAGUGAAGUUGGAAGUCGUGUGAUCACGUGUGACGGCGGCGGGGGGGCCCUUGGCCACCCAAAAGUGUACAUAAACCUGGACAAGGAAACAAAGACGGGGACGUGCGGCUACUGUGGACUGCAGUUCCGACAGCACCAUCACUAGCACCUGCCAUGCAUCACGGUCCCGGGGCUGUGUGCGCAGCUCGGCGCAAGUGUACAACAGAGCCUCUUGCUGGUGCCGAAUAAACAGUGUUGUGGUCAAGGA